CGAUUCUCGCCACAAAACCCUUUUCACAGAAGAAGGAAACGACGAAGAAGAUGACAUACAAGGCAUGGUCGAGGAUUACGAAGAGAUGAACCUGCCCAUUAAUGACGACAGUGAAAAGUUACGAAGGUUCUGCGAGAGGCUGGAGUUUCUGCUCAAGUUUGGGCUCAAAGAACGUAGCCUGGUCUUAGGGGGACGGAAGGACCUUUGGCCGUACCUCUGCCGCUGCCUCGAGGAACGCAGGAACAUCCAGGAUGGAAUCACGCUCGUCAAGGCCAAUAAAGAGCUCAAGACCAACACAGCGGCGUCACAGAUACUUCCUUCGAUACUGCUUGUUGCAACGUUGUCUGGCGGACGUCUUGCAACAGUGCGUUGCGGACGAGGCCUCGACCUUGCAAUUCUACGACACCGGGUCGCUGUUGUUGCAGCCGCAUUUUGCGAGUGACCUCGUGACCUCCCUUUACGUACUUUCCGACCUGACCUUUGACCUGGCCCUGGCCUCCUCGGGUCAUGAUUUGGACGUGUGUUGGCCGGCGUACGCGAGAGUGGGCGGAGCUUCCCCUUGGUCCCGCCCUCCCAGCCGGACUUGGUCGCUGUCUUCCCUCUGUUCCUCGUCUUCAAUGGCGGGUUCGUUGCCGCCCGCAGGAGAUGCGACUUUGCCGUCUUCCCCCCGAAAGUCACCUGGUUCUUCCAUGGCGUCGCCGUCUUCGCCUGUCACGUCAUCGUCGUCAUUUGCCGCGGCAGAUGAUGACGUCGUGGUUGGUGGUAGUUGGAAAUGACGUCAUGGUCGGCGGUGCAGGAAAUGACGUCAUGGUCGGCGGUGCAGGAAAUGACGUCAUUGUCGGCGGUGCAGGAAAUGACGUCAUUGUCGGCGGUGUCGGAAGUGACGUCAUGGUCGGCGGUGUCGGAAAUGUCGACCUUAUUACGUCGCUGAGGGAGAAUUUGGCAUUUCUUGAGAGUGACAAUGCUUACCUGAGGCAAAGGCUGCUGAAGGCCGGAUCUCCCGUAAGGCAGAGGGAAGGGGAGAGAGGAGGAGAAGAGGAAAGAAAGAGGCG